CACACUCUCCCCUUUCUCGGGGAGCAGUUUCAGAGAGUCACGCUUGCUCUCUCCCCGUCUCCCUUCUUCUCCCUCCUCUACCAGAGUUACCCGAGAACUGGACGGACACGAGGGAGACCCUGCUGGAGGGGAUGCUGUUCAAUCUCAAGUACCUGGGCAUGACCCUGGUGGAGCAGCCCAAAGGGGAGGAGCUCUCGGCAGCUGCUGUGAAGCGCAUUGUGGCCACGGCCAAAGCUAGCGGGAAGAAGCUUCGGAAAGUGACCCUCCAAGUCUCCCCCAGGGGCAUCAUCUUACAUGACAGUGGGACCAAUGAGCUGAUUGAGAAUGUUUCCAUCUACAGGAUCUCCUACUGCACAGCAGACAAGAUGCACGACAAGGUUUUUGCUUACAUCGCACAGAGCCAGCAGAGUGAGAGUCUGGAGUGCCACGCAUUUCUCUGCUCCAAGAGGAAGAUGGCACAGGCAGUUACCCUCACCGUGGCCCAGGCCUUCAAAGUCGCCUUUGAGUUCUGGCAGGUGUCCAAGGAAGAGAAGGAGAAGCGAGAGAAGGCAAGCUUGGAAGAAGUCGCCUGUGGGGCUCGGCUGGACGCUUCCCCUUCCCUGAAAGGCCCAGUCACCACUGGAAACCUGCUGGACCUGGAGGAAACGGCCAAAGCACCACUGUCCACCGUGAGUGCCAAUGCCACCAACCUGGACGAGGUGGGGAAGCCUGAACCCCUCACCAAUAACAACAUGGUCUGGGAGCUCGACGAUGGCCUUGAUGAAGCCUUCUCAAGGCUGGCCCAAUCGCGGACGAAUCCCCAGGUCCUGGACAUUGGGCUGACGGCCCAGGACAUCCAGUAUGACCAGUGCCUCUCGCCCGUGGACUGGGACAAACCCGACGCGGGCGCCUCCGAGCAGGAUGACCUCUUUGGCUUCUGAGUGUCCGUCCUCGGGCCGACCACUACGCAAAGGGACCAAAGUCCUCUUCCUGGGGACGGGAAGGAGCGGCCUCCUCCUCAGGCGGCCCCAUCAACCACUAGACCAAAGCCAAAGGCAGUGAUGCAGCUCUUAUUUUCUAUUCUGCCCUCUCCCCCUGUAAAAACUCUAGGAAGCCUCGAGCCUAUUUAUUCAGUGGACUCCCACUCGGACACGAGCACUGCUGGCCUCUCCUCCUCGGUGACGUGGACAGUGUUAGAGCCAGCCGCUUGGGGAAGCCAGCUUCUCUCGCGCCUCUUCUCCCUCCGCCACUCAUUCCUUCCCCAAAGAGCCGCCGCGGGGGUCUCCCCCCAUUCUCCUCUGGAGAAGAGGGGGCCGGAGGCCAGAUGUGGCCCCUCAGGCCGUCCUGGAGGAUGGAGCUCAUCCAAAGACUCACCAGCUUUGCACUUUAAGACAUGAACCCAAAGCCAGGUCUGAAGAUGGCGGAAGGAGGGGGCUGAGUCUAGCUAGUGUUAGUUUCCAUCCUCAGGACCCCUGGUAGCGGCUAGCCCAGAACCCAGAGCAGCAGAGAGCACGGUGCCAGGCUGCGGCCCUGCCACGCGCUCGUCCUGGCCCAGACCCAUGCCCUUCUGCCUCCCUGGGCCUCAGUUUCCCCAUUCAGCGGAGGAGCAGCAGCUUGGAUUUCCGACACCAGCAUCCUGUGAUUCUGCCUUAUUCACGGACUCUGUCCUGUGAGGCUUCUGCCACCGAGGCCCAGAAAAGCAGCCUUUCCUGGGAGUCGUGCACUACCAUUGCCCCGCUCUCCGGCUGGAUUUCUGGGGGCUUUCCUCUCCGUUCUUUGUGGCAGGGAAGUCUGGUGUGCAAUUGGCUCCUGCGGCCUUGGCCAGGUCCUGCCUCUUCUCUCUUUGCCCCUCCAACAAAAGGGCUCACCUGAUUGUGGUUUUUAGCCAAAAUAUACUUAGUACCCAGCCACUGUGCCUUUGCAGCCUGGGCAGCCAGGGGAGGCCUCUGGGCUCUACGCUUUCCUUUCAGAACUUAGCAUUCAUCGAGUUUAAGCCCUGCUAAUUAAGCCCAAAGUCCAGGAUCUUGUUCUGAGCCUGGUUGGCUGAAACAGAACGCUUAUGAACGUUGUCAUUUGGCUUUAAAAUAUUUACUUGCUGUGUGGCUUUGAGCAAGUUUCUUUCCUUGGUCUUUCUUCAUCUGUUUAAUGUGGGCGUGGGUUAAGGGGUCCCUGUCGAAGACUCCUUCCAGCUGCCGUUUUCUGUUCCUCGCCAUUGCUCUGACACUCUGCAUUCUUCUCUUGUGUCCCUCGCUAAGAUGUCCUCCAGCUCCCUAAAAUGCAUCCACUGAGCACAGGGGCGGAGCGUCUCGGCACCCUGCGGGUCCCCUGGCAGAGCCCGUCUUCUCAGUCUCACCGAGUCUUGAAUCCGCCACUUGUCAAAGGCAGCAGCACCCCAGGGCUGGGUUUGGGGUCUCUACGGGCCUCCCCGUUCCCCUAGCAAGGCCGUCUGGGCCCGGGAAGCCUUCACAUGGCAUGGCCCAGCCUGGAGGGAAGGGCCCUUGUGGGGAGAUUCUUUCUGGAGCCAAGAAUUCUUUCUGAGAAAGAUCAGCUCAUGUGUUUGCAUUGUGUUGGGGCGGCUGCUUUUCUCGGGCCCCCUGCUGACUGGCUGGUAUGUGUCUGGGGGGGUUUGAGGGGGGGUUGUUUUUUUAUGUUGUAAAAAAUGUUCUAUUGAGAAAAAAACAAACGAGAAGUUCUCCCUCUUGGGAGAAAGGAAUAAAAGUUGAUCUGGUACCUUGAAGAAAA